UAAAUAUCCUUCGUACAUUGGAAGCCAUGUCACUUCACUGUCAAAAUCUAAAUCCUAGAUUGUUUUUAUUUUUCCCAAGACUGACCAUUGUCUGAUUGGCUAGCGCAGCUGUCACUCGUUCGGCCAGACCCCUGCUGCUAGUGGAGCGCAGAAUAAACAGUAUUGGCAUGUGUUCCGCCCUGUUAGCCCACUGUGUUAUGCUAAAUAUAGCUGGAGAAGUUGAGGCUGCACGGCAGCGGGUACAGGGCGAAAACCGUAUCCGCAUAUAAACCUUGAACGUCUUUCUAUAGUAGGCCUUGCGAAAGUAAAGUUAUAAAUAUACCGAAAGGGUAUUUUUAAAAGACAGGGAAGCGGAAAAUCAGAAUGCCUGCAAAUCAAAGUAGAUCGAGGACAAGGGAUCGGAACAACGUCCUGAACAGACCCGAAUUCAUGUCUCUGAACCAGCCCAUCAGGACCAAUACCAGCGCUGCGCGGCGGCCCAUGAAGCACCAGCAAAGCCAACACCAGCCAGCCGAGCAAGAACAGGAUGGUCGAAGAGAAUCCACGAAAUUACCUGAGGAAGACUGCAUGCAGCUAAACCCUUCCUUCAAGGGAAUAGCGAUUAACUCCCUUUUAGCUAUUGACAUCUGCAUGUCCAAGCGUCUUGGGGUUUGCGCUCACACCACGUCUUCUUGGGGAAACAUCCGCUCCAUGGUCAACCUGCUCGCAUUUACCGGGCACGGCAUUCCCUGGAUCUGUGGCACACUUGUGUGUCUCACAAGGAGCAACACGUUGGCAGGACAAGAGGUUUUGAUCAAUCUGAUGUUGGCCCUUGUGCUGGAUGUAAUGACCGUGGCUGGUGUACAGAAGCUGGUGAAACGCAAAGGACCAUGGGAGAUGAACCCCAGCUUCCUGGAUUACCUGGCCAUGGACGUUUAUUCUUUCCCAGCAGCCCACGCCAGCCGCGCUGCCAUGGUGUCCAAGUUUCUGCUGGCACACCUGGUGCUGGCUGUGCCUCUGCGUAUCUUGCUGGUGAUGUGGGCCUUCCUAGUGGGCAUGUCUCGCAUUCUCCUGGGCCGACACCACCUGAGCGACGUCGGCUGUGGCUUCGCCCUGGGUUUCCUCCACUACAGCCUGGUGGAAAUGGUCUGGCUUCCUUCCAGCACAUGCCAGACUCUCAUCUCCAUCGGAACACUCAGUUGGAGUAACUUCUAUUAGAACUGCUCACCCUGUCCUUACUGCCCUUCCUGGUCUUUCUCUUCUCACCACUCUCACUUCCGCUAUGCUCUACUUCCUGUUCCUAAUCCACUUCCCACACCUGCUUAAUUUCCUUUUCCUGUUACUUGUCAUUCCUAUGCCCUUCAUCCAGUGUGAACGCUAAAUCCUAUACCUGUUGUACUUCCUUUUCCUGUUCCAUUUACUGUUCUUGCUUUAUUUGUACCUCUCUGACACUGACUGUCUUUGUCUUCAUACCUUUUUAUUCAGUUCAAUUUUAAACAAAAGAGUACACAUCUGCACUUUAAAAAAACAUUUUGGUCUGUCUGUGCUGGAUGAAACACUUUUCCUGAAUGUUGGCACAAAUUUUAACCAGGAAGGACAAUGCUGCUAGGCUGACAGAUGGCUCACUCUGGCUACUUUUAUAGAAAUUUAACAUGCAAGUUUUGUCAUUGUUCUUAUUAUAAGAUAUGUUGUGCAUGUGGCAAUAAUGGGAAUUUUCUGUUGAACAGUGUCAUUUGACUCUGAAUUAAGAGCUAAAAUAGCUUUUUUUGAGUCCUCGUUUUUAUAAUCAGUGGAAUUUUUAAAAAUUGAAAAGUAAUUAUACAGCAGAUCAGGGAUUUUACUAUUUCAGCAUAGUUAUUUAUUCAAAAAUCAUUUCAAACAUUUUUAACAUGGCAUUUUAAUGUCUGAAAGCAAUCGAUUUUCAUUUUCUUUUUAUUUAACAUUCUGUUCUUUGUUCAUUUUUGUCAUGUCUCUUUUUACUGUAUAGAAUUUGUGUAUUUCUAGCAGAAAGAGAUGAAAUUUUGAAACUGAAUCUGAAAUGUUGAACUGUGGUUUGUUCCGAAUGCAGAAGUCACAGCUGAAUUUCUGAAUGGAUGGAAUUUUCUCUGAAAAGAAGACAUGAAUGUCAUCACUCAACAAAUGUGUACAACAAAAGUUUUUUGAUCAAUUUUGUAUUGGGCUGUGUUUUUGUGCUUUCAAGUAAUAGCUUGUUAAAGUAAUUUUGUCUUUUGAAUGAAAGCCUUUUAUGCAGACAUUUCAGGUGUUUUUUUGUUUUUAAAAAAAAGCAAUUUAUUAAUCUCAGAAGUGGUUUCCAUGUUUAGAGUCUGCACGGCUGUUUAACUUGAAGACAACAACCAAUCAGUCUUUUUGAGUGACUGGAGUCUCAGGUAAAACAUGUUUAAAACAUAGUAUAGUUUUAAUAUAUCUUUAUCCUUAUACGUUUUGCUGGAAGACAGUUAAGGGAUCGACCCCUGAUUAGUUCAACUGAACAGGUUUUCUUUUGGGCCCAGAAAACCUGAAGGAGUUCAAAUGAGGCCUUAUCCUUCUUCUAGUUUGAGUCUGGUGCCUUUGAUCUGUGCCCCUGCAGUGCCCCUUCUGGCUAUUACCUGCAUUGCAUUACUACUGUUGUCUUCAAAAACACCAUCUGAAGUGUAAAACCAAUCCAGAAAAUUGUCUGCUUCUCCCCAGAAUAUCAAGGAUAUCACCACAUUCUAUGGCAAUGAGGAACAUAAAUAUCUUUAUUAGAAUUUUCGUUAGAAGGCUAUUUGCCGAACCAUGACUGUAUAGUGACUCAACCAGUAUCAUUUGCGUGAUCUUUCUCAUCAAAAUAAGAGUGGAAAUGUAUAUUUGCACGUGUGUGUACAGGUCAAUUGGUAAGCUUAUUAUUUGUAAAAAUUUGAAACAUUUGGGACAAUUAUGUCAGCUCUGUCUCCACUAAUUGCUAGACUACCUUACUAGCAGCUUAUGAUUCUUUGUCAUUAUGUCCAUUAAGGAAUCUCACCAUAGCAAGUGAAAUAGAGUAUGUAGAAUCCCAAUCAACAUCUAAGACAUCUCCAGAUCUACGAGGUUGUGUGUACAAUAUAAAUUACCAAGAUGUUCUGCACCAGACUGAUUACUUCAAAGUUAACAUUUCAUCAUUGUGUAAUGUCUUUCAUGAAACAUUUGUGUUUAGUGUAAACCAAAUCAUCCAAAUGAUGACAGAUGUCUUAGUGUGUAUUUGACAAAGACAAUUAAAAGACACUUGUCUCUUUCACAGUGGUGUGCCCUGUGGUCUGAGUAGAAUCCAAGUCAAACAAGUAUUAACUGGGAGUCCUUCCCAGAUAGGAAGAGAUUCAGUUAGCAAAUUAACGGAUAAGUCCCUGGCUGCAUGCUCAAUAGCAACUCCUCUGGUCAGUUUAGCACCUAUGGCCAGCUGCUUAAUAUGUGCAGUCCUCCAGUGUAUUAACUGCAGCAGCUUAGCUGGAGGAUCACAAUGAACAAGAGGCAGCCAGAUAACUUUAUGUAUGUGAAGCCGUCUGGGCAGGUCCUCACACUCUUGGAUUGACAGAAGACUACAGCGAUGGAAUGGGCCUACAAUUAUAGCGGAGCAUUCGUUUAUUCAAAUAAAAUUGGAUGUAGUAAAAAAGAAAAAAUACACGCAUGCUGCAUGUCUGAAUACAUUUAUGUCUCAUUUUUUUACUUUUUUUUCCACAAUUUGGAAUUAUCAAUUGUGCUUCUCAAGUCUACACCACCUGUCAAAGGAGCACUGCAGGACACGCAUAUGUAUUCCUUAAAUGUAUUCACUUGAGAGUCAGUGACUAUUUUAGCUAACAGGCCAAAGGGAGCUGCAGGAGAGCUAGGAUCAAUUUGAGGAGCUUUAUAUGUCACUAAUGAUAGCUGGUUGCCUGUGGGCACAUUGCUUGUUGUUGGGAAAAGGUAAUUCAGCAGUAAUAUGAGGAACCCUCGCAGACUUAAACUAAGCACUUUCCUGAAAAGACACUGCAAAGGCCUUCCUCUAUGGAAGUUCAUGUUAUAGUCUGUUGUUGACACCCAAAGCUCAAACCUGCAAUCCAACCCUGGUUUGUGCUGGUGGUGAACUGCUUUUUUUUUAACAGAGCCACUUAAAGACCCAACGUCUGCCUUUAAAUCUUUAUUUGUCUAUUAAAAUAUAAUUUAUUUCACUCCAGAACAUUGGGGGACACAAAGGCUGGAAUGUAUCCUUGAGUGAGGCAGGGCAGCAUGAGCAUCUGUUAAUUGAGUCAAAGAUAAAAUCCUCAUUCUUUCUUCCUUGUAAUCUCAAAUUUGCUUAAUGAAAAUUGUGCAAUGAAAGUAAUUUUGAAACUGGCACCAAAAGAUAGAGUUGUCCAUGUGUGUGUGUGCUUGCGUGUGUGUGCAUGUGUGAAUGAGACAGAAGAAAGAACAAAGAAAGGAUUAAUCUAAGUACCCGAGUCAUGUAGAAUGAGGUGAUUUAGGAGGAUGAGAGAUGAGGGUAGACUAAAGGAUGGAGGGUGGAAGAUGGAUUGAGAGUGAUUGACGAGACUGUGCCAGGUCUAUGCUCUCACAGGGGCCUUCAUUCUGCUCUCCUUUCUCUUUGUCUCAAUUUGUCUCCUGCACCAUCCCUCCUGUAUUUUGUUCCUUGAUCAUUGUUUGAAAAUGGUCCCUGCCUAGAUAUCCUGGUUUAAGCAGGAUAGUCAUGGAACUUGCUCACCCUGAGCUGUUUUAAUAAAAUAGACUGUUAUUUGACUGUUAUAUAAGCUUCAUGUUUUAAGUCCAGAUUUUAAAAUAUGCAUGAUUUUGUUUCUAAAAUAAUAAUGCAAGUGCUUGGAACUUUAAUCUAUGGACAAUAUGAAAUAUUUCAAUAAAAGUCUUUUCAAACCAGA